CGCGGGUCACUGCUUGGUAAGUGCUGCAGCUUCGCGUUUCCACACCGCUUGGCUUGUGAUCACACAUCGCUGAUCAUUUCGACCACAUGCUGACGAGGUCCGCGGAGGAAGGUCCGGGACGGGGACGUGAGCGACCACCUUGCACCGCAUCCCGGGCUCCGUUUCGCGGACCCUUUAGAUCUGCAGUGAUCUCGGUAACCGGACAGGUCACCGGCGCAGCACGGCGGACAUUUCCACGGACCCCGGGAGCAAGGACGUCUCCCUAAAGUGAUAUUAGGAUGAAUCAUUUGUCCCUGAGUGAGCUGUGCUGUCUCUUCUGCUGUCCGCCCUGCCCAAGCAAGAUUGCCUCCAAGUUGGCCUUCCUGCCCCCCGAGCCCACCUACACUCUGAUGUGCGACGAGAGCGGCUCGCGCUGGACGCUGCACCUGUCGGAGCGGGCUGAUUGGCAGUACUCGGUUCGGGAGAAGGACGCCAUCGAGUGCUUCAUGACGCGCACGACACGCGGAAAUCGCAUUGCCUGCAUGUUCGUGCGCUGCUCGCCAAACGCGCGCUACACGCUGCUGUUCUCGCACGGCAAUGCCGUGGACCUUGGACAGAUGAGCAGCUUCUACAUCGGCCUGGGCUCGCGCAUCAACUGCAACGUCUUCUCCUACGACUACUCGGGUUACGGUGCCAGCUCGGGCAAGCCCUCGGAGAAGAACCUGUACGCCGACGUGGAUGCCGCCUGGCAGGCCCUACGCACUCGGUACGGCAUCAGACCUGAGAACGUGAUCGUGUAUGGGCAGAGCAUCGGCACGGUGCCCUCGGUGGACCUGGCGUCGCGGUAUGAGAGCGCUGCCGUGGUCCUCCACUCGCCCCUCACCUCGGGCAUGAGGGUGGCCUUCCCCGACACCAAGAAGACCUACUGCUUCGACGCCUUCCCCAACAUUGACAAGAUCUCCAAGGUGACGUCCCCGGUGCUGCUGAUCCACGGCACGGAGGAUGAGGUGAUCGACUUCUCUCAUGGCCUGGCUCUCUACGAGCGGUGCCAGCGGCCCGUCGAACCGCUCUGGGUGGAGGGGGCCGGGCACAACGACGUGGAGCUCUACGGACAGUACCUGGAGCGCCUCAAGCAGUUUGUGGCCCAUGAGCUGGUCAGCCUGUGAGCUGGAGCCACCUGCACCUGUCUGCCCCCCUGACCCUGCCCCACGACCCUCUGCUCGUACCUCCGGCGCCUCCUCCCGUCGACAACUGUGAAGUCGAUGGCAGCGUUCCUUUAUUUCGGUUUUAGGUCUUUUGUUGGGGUGGGAACGAAUGAACCGUCAUAGCUGCCUUUUGAGUGUGUGUGUGUGUGUGUGUGUGUGUGUGUGUGAGGGAGAUGAGAUAUGAGUGGCUCUCUGCUCACACCAAGCCCUAAGCAGUCCUAUAGACGUCAAUCAUGACUCUUUUAGACUUUACUUGUCUCCAUGUGCUAAACCCAGGGAGGUGUGUGUGUGUGUGUGUGUGUGUGUGUGUGUGUGUCACAGGACUGAACCAGGCGCUGGACACACACACAGUCAUUACAAGAGCAAUGCCAAGUUCUUCCCUGUGAACCGCUUCAACACAGGACAUGUGCCGGAGAAAACAUGUCUCGUGUUUUGUGUUUUUUUUUAAACACCUCAUCCAGACCCUGCAGUUCAAAGGUCAGUUUACCACUUUUUCUGGAACGUGGCCAUUCAAACGCACAUGCCCCCUGACUGCACUCCUGCCCGACUUCUUGUGGCAGGUUGUUCAGGUCUCCACAUGUUGAUCACCUGCCUGUUGCCUCCCACGGGUGGUCUUAUCCGUUUGUGGUGUUUUUUGUUUGUUUACCCUCCCAGAUCUUUGGGGAGGGGGGAGAAAACACAUGCUGAACAGUAGGACGUUUAAUUGUUCUCCGUUUAAUCCAUAUCAUUUUGGAAUUACCAAUGCAUCUCGCUUGUGUCUCAUGAGAACUCGAGGCCUCCUCGUAGCCUCCGUUGUGGUUGUGCGGAGGGUGGAGGCGAUGUCCACCAGGAUUCUCCGAACUCCGGUUCUCCACAGCUCCUUCCGGUUGGCUGACCGUAAGCGAAACCCUGUGGCAAGCCGGAUGUGCUGAAGCAGGGGGACAGCCAACCUGUACACGGGUUUUUUUGUUUUUUUUUUAGCCACUUGCCUGGGUAACUGUACGGGAUCGUCUCUUCUCUCUUCUUGUGUGUUAAUUUCAGCUUGUCAGGGCCAGACGCUCACCUGAGUACCCAUAUUGUCAGGGCCUUGUUCGGAUCGCUUCGAGGCGCGGUGUUGCCGUACAAUUGGAGUCACGUGUUCUGUUUCUGCGGGUUGUAGCUGACUACCACUGACAGUAGCCCACAGUCUCGCCUGUUUGCCUGGAUCCACAGAAACGCACCCUCAAAUGAUGCCUGGCUGCUCAUGAGUAUGGACAAACGCGUGUGAAUAUAUAUAGAUGAAGUUAAAAGAAACUCUCCAUUUAUCUCAGAUUAUAACAAAUGACUGUUGUCCUAUUCCACUUUGUAAAUAUUAUUUGUUUAUAUGGCAAUUUUUUUAAUUGCUCUGUUCUUAAAACUAUGCAGGUUAUUACUAAUAACUUGAAAUUAGGAUCAUUUAUUGCAGUGAAAGUCAGGAUGAAUAUUUGACAGAACUGUUUGCCCUGACGUAACGUUACAUUUAUUACCUGCCUUUUUUUUUUUUUGUUUGUUUUUCUGUCUUAGAAACUCAUGAUGUGUUCUGAUGCUCCAAACAAUGGUUAUAAUAAACUGUUAAGAGGUUAUUAAACGCAGAGUAAGAUGAAGGGGCGCGUCUAGUCUGAUUCGUUAUCAGCUUGUGGGCGCGGAGAACCGGAACACGAGCCGGCGCUCCUUUUACCGCAAACGAUGGGCAUCUGUGAGUAACCCGAGGCGCGCGGUUUCACGUGUGCCAAACUUGUAAUUAGCACUAGUAAUCUUUCCCUAAUUAGUAAGGAAAGAAAGUAAAGCAUUUAUACAAAAACAUCUCAGUUUCUUCUUAAAAACAAAACAAAACAAAAAACUAAUGUUUUAUAGUCAAAAUUCGAUGUUUUGUUUAUUUUUAAGAAGUGCAUCCUUAACUCAAUGCUAUUUUUGCUAUUCGUCCUGAAUUAGUAUUGCUCAUGAAUCGCAGUCCAAAAUUGCUGAAAUGCACCAGCUGGUGCUAUCCCUGCUGCGCGUGAGCCUGUGGCGGCGCAGAGGUGCGCGUGCCGUUCGUGGGCAGUAUUGCAUCUGGCAUACUAAUGCUGCAUGCUACAGCAGUGCAUAUACUGCAUACUACUCCUUAUGGUGUAUUAUACAGCACAGUAUCCAUUAUGGCAUUUACCAGUACGGCACUACACUGUCACCCACCCAAAUGCGCACAGUUUGAUGUUGAUAAAACCCCAGACGGAAGGGAAGGCACCGAGUACAUGUAACUUUAAUGGUCGUGCUAGAUUUAGUCGUGUCACGAGGCCUAUUAAUGUAAAAGAAGGUUUGGUUAUAACCAUCUCGGAUCACUACUGUGCGUGUUUUAGUAUCUGCUUCUGUUGACAUGAAAUACGGUAACAAAAAUAAAGGUAUAAAAUGCAGCAUUUUCACACAUCAAGAGCGGCUUCUUUUGGUAGCACAUUGCAAACCUCCUUUACGUGUUAACAGUACAGGAUGUGGUCAAUAGCUUUAAUAGCAAGAUGCCCAGAUAGUUUUGCAACAGAGGAAAAAAACUAGAGACGUCCUUUUUCACUAAAGUGGAAUGCCAAUGUCCUGUAAUAAUGAAUCGAUAAGCCAAUAGGAUGUGAUGUGUCGGUACUUCUGGUUUUAACAGCUACAUUUGAUACUUUAGACUUUAAAAUGCAUCUUAUUUGGAUUGAGGGCUUAGUUAGUGUUUCCGGAACUAUGGUAAACUUGUUUUCUACAUCUUUAACUGGAAUUUAUAUAUAGGUACAGGUAACCGUGUCACAAAUAAGCAUGACAUCCUCUAUGCUGUACCACGAGGCUGUGCACUCUGGGCCACUAUGAUUCCAUUUGCAUUUUAAUGUAUGACAUGUGCUGUAUUAAUAAAGAUUUAUUAUUAGCGUU